AUCCAAUCAUAUUCAUCAUCUUAAGACAAUCAGAUAUUGUUUGGAGGGAAAAUUAACAAACCUUCUCUAAUAUUUCUUCAAUCAAACUCAAUUUUAAAUCACAAAGCUUGAAUUUAGUACAAAUCAAAAAAUUAUGGCAACUUGUUCGUUUUCCUUAAUACCACUAAAAUCAAAUUACAUAAAAAAAAAUUCUCAGAAAAGUUCAAGCUCCUCAAUUUCAAUUAUUUGUGAAUUGGAACAAAGAAGUCCCAAGAAUGUACUUUUAUCAGAGUCAAAGAGGUUAAAGGCAUGGAUUUCUACAGCAUUGGCAGCUGCUGCAGUUGUGAGUUUGAGCACUAGCUUCCCUGCCUUGGCUGAUUUGAACAAGUUUGAAGCCGAAAUGCGAGGCGAAUUUGGGAUUGGCUCUGCUGCUCAAUAUGGUUCUGCUGAUUUAAAGAAAGCUGUUCAUGUCAACGAAAAUUUCAGAAGGGCAAAUUUCACAUCAGCAGAUAUGAGGGAAUCAGAUUUCAGUGGAUCUACAUUUAAUGGUGCUUACCUUGAGAAAGCUGUUGCUUACAAAGCCAAUUUCACUGGUGCUGAUUUUAGUGAUACGCUGAUGGAUCGUAUGGUCCUAAAUGACGCUAAUCUUACAAAUGCUGUCCUUGUAAGAUCAGUCCUUACUCGAAGUGACCUUGCUGGUGCCAUCAUUGAAGGUGCUGAUUUUAGCGAUGCUGUUCUAGACUUACCUCAGAAACUGGCUCUAUGCAAGUAUGCAAGUGGAACGAAUCCCAUAACAGGAGUAAACACGAGGGUAAGCCUAGGUUGCGGAAACAAGAGAAGAAAUGCUUAUGGUAGUCCAUCUUCUCCCUUACUAAGCGCUCCUCCUCAAAAGAUGCUUGACCGCGAUGGAUUCUGUGAUUCUGAAACUGGCCUUUGCGAUGCUAAAUAAACUGGUAAUUUUCAGUGAACAAGAGCAAGAAUUCUGUUAUACUAUGAAAUAUAGGCUGCUUUGUUAGAAAGUCCAAAUAGUUGGGAUAAUUUGUAGCAAUCUCUUCUAGAUACUAAUUCAAACUGUCAAAUCAAAUGUUUGAUACAAAGUAUUGUUUAUAAUUGAAACUUUAAAAGACUACUGUCGAUAUAUAUAAAAAAAGAAAACAGCUAUAUUAAUAUA